AAUUCGUCCUACAAACUACUCCAUCAAUGGACUGGAGACAAAUCGCCAAUCUGAUCAGAGAAGGGAGUUAUCGAGGAUUGACAAGAACAACUCAAUCAGUCGCAAUUGGAGUUCUCUUAAUCGCUACAUUCUCUAUUUUCAUGGUGGUUAGACUUAAAGGAGGGAGAAUCUCAAAUUACGAUCUUCAAUCAAGUUCUUGUCAAUUUCCAGCCAUCUACAACUUUGGUGAUUCGAAUUCAGACACAGGAGCUGUAUCUGCUGUAUUUGGUUCUGUUCUUCCUCCAAAUGGGAUGACCUAUUUUCAUAAACCUUCUGGCAGGUACUCUGAUGGCCGCCUAAUCAUUGAUUUCAUAGCUGAAAGGUUAGGUUUACCAUACUUAAGUGCAUUUCUGGACUCAAUUGGAUCAAAUUUUCGACACGGGGCUAAUUUUGCAGCCAGUGGAUGUACCAUUCAGCCUGCGGACUCUUUGAUGCUAAACCGGACUUUUAACCCUCUUACGCUUGAUAUACAGCUCUUGCAGUUUGAACAAUUCAAGAAACGGUCUUCUGAAUUGUAUCUUGAAGGACCGGAGAAAAGUUUUGAUAUUAAAGAUCGUCUGCCACGACCUGCGGAUUUUACUCGGGCCCUUUACACGUUUGAUAUAGGACAGAAUGAUCUUCAUGCCGGGAUUAUAUCAAUGAAGGAAGAACAGGUGAAGACAUAUAUCCCUACCAUAAUCAAUGAGUUUGCUUCUGUUGUUGAGAAACUUUACCAAGGAGGAGCAAGAAGAUUUUGGAUUCAUAAUACUGGUCCGAUCGGAUGCCUACCUUUUUUUGUCCAUAACUAUCCACCAUCGCCGGACAACACAGACCAAGUUGGGUGUGUGAAAUCAUACAACAAAAUAGCGCAAGAAUUCAAUAAACGGCUCCAAGAUAAGGUGUUGCAACUUGGAACAAAACUUCAAGAAACGUCGUUCGUGUAUGUCGACAUUUUCUCAGUCAAGUAUUCUCUCAUUAGUGAAGCAAACAAGCUUGGGUUCACCGAUCCUCUAGGGCAAUGCGUAGCGCAAGAUGGUUCGGUAUGUGCGAAUCCCUUAGAAUAUAUUAGCUGGGACGGAAUACAUUAUACAGAAGCGGCUAACAAAUGGAUCGUUAAUCGUCUUGAAGAUGGUUCCGUAUGUUCUCCAAAGAUUCCCCUCACAAAAGCUUGUCAAACUCUCACGGACGUCCGUCAAUAACAUUUCAGGAAACUGUAUAUGGAAAUUUGGUAGGAAAACAGUUGUCAA